UCAAAAGACCAUUUAGAUUGGAAUCACAAAUGGCAUAACGUUGUUUGGUCAGAUGAGUUCAUGUUUAGGCAGUUUUCAGCAAGUCACAAUAUACGAGUUUGGUGCACCUUUGCUGAAGAGUUUGAUGAAUCGUGUCUUGUUCCUACCAUGGGUCAAAGCCCUGGUCUUAUGUUCUGGACUUGCUUUUCAUGGCAUGGAUUAGGACCAAUAGUCCCUAUCUAUGGCAAAGUAAAUGGUGAAGUUUAUGUUAAACUUAUAAGAAGACAUACUCUUCGUGCUUUACGUCGACUUGUUCCUAAUAGUCAAGGUAUUUUUCAGCAAGAUAACACUACCCUCCAUAAAUAUUGGAAAGUUAAAGCUACUUUUAGCUGGGCUG